UGGCGGAUCUAACCUGGCAACCCCGCCUGCCGGCCUGGUCUGUAGUUACUGUGGGGAAGAUGGUGGACUUGGCGACAGCGGCGUGCUCGAAACUCCGUCCCAAACACUUUGAAAAAUAUUUCCUAUCUCAACCUGGUAUUAGAUAUAGACUACCCGGGGACAAUCAUAGAUAAUACGCCGCGAAAACCGUUGAGGAUAGUGACUUUUCCCCCGACGGACAAGUGUUUAUUCCAAAGAAAGCGGAGCGUUGUGAAGCGUGGGGUGGCUGGUAGUGAGGACGCUAGCAAACACCAGCCAGGUCGACGCGACUACACGGCGGACUUCUGGAGCUUUUUUGUUCCGCUGUUGAGACCAGCCACGGAGAUCUCACAGUCGUGUUUUUUUCUGCCUUCACACCAACUGCCAAGUCUGCGGGGAGCCGAGUUUACAGCUGGGCUGAAGAUAAGCUAACUUUGCCGCUACCUAGCUAACGCCAGCUAGCUUUGUUUUGAAGCGGUGGAAAUGCCUCGGAGUAAAAAAGGGAAACGUGGCUCCGGGAAGCCGGGCUCUCUCCGUCAGGAGGUUCUUCAGCUGCAACUGUCGGCUAAAGCGCCUCUAAAAGGUGUUAAAAAUGGGGUGAAGGGAGAGUCGGGUGCCAGCGAUGAUGAGCUGACGUCUGAUAUUCUCAGCCACUACAGCAGUGCCAGUGAAACUGCGUCUGUGCUGGAAGAGGGCACAGGAAAUGAGCAGGUGGACGAGCAGACGGCCCAGGAAGAAACAGAAGACAAACUCAAGCAGUGUAUAGACAACCUGAUGGAUAAAAGUGCUAAAACUCGCCUAGCUGCCCUUGAGUCGUUGCGACAGGCCUUUUCCUCCAGAGUGCUCUGCGACUUCAUCACAGAGCGACGUCUCACUGUCAGUGACUGCAUAGAAAGGAGCCUUAAAAAAGGCAGUGGAGAGGAGCAAGCAGCAGCAGCCACAGUCUUUGCGCUGCUCUGCAUUCAGCUGGGAGGUGGAGAUGAAGCAGAGGAGGGCUUUAAGAUGCUUCGCCCCAUCCUCACCGCCAUCCUGAUUGACAACAGUGCCAGCAUCACGGCCCGCCAGAGUUGUGCCAGAGCUUUGGGGAUGUGCUGCUAUGUCUCUGCUGGUGAGGAAGGAGAGGACUUGGUCAAGUCGCUGAACCUUCUCGAGAAUGUGUUCAUGGCUUCUUAUCCCAACAAAGAAGGAGCGCUGCCUGCACCCAAACCUGGAAGUCCAGCUCUUCACAGCGCUGCCCUGCAGGCCUGGUCGCUGCUUGUCACCCUCUGUCCUGCAUCUAAACUGAGACUGCUGCUUGACUUCCACCUCCCUAAACUCCAGGCCUGUCUGCAAAGCAGUGACGUCAGCUACAGGAUUGCAGUAGGAGAGACUAUCGCCCUGCUGGUGGAGCUGGGGCGAGAUAUAGACGAGGAAUUUGAAGUGGAGGAUGGGGAAAGUCUGUGUGAAUGUCUGAAGAGCUUAGCCACAGACAGCAACAAACACAGAGCCAAGAAUGACAGAAGAAAACAACGCUCCAUCUUCAGAGAGGUGCUACAUUACAUAGAGAAUGAAGACUUCACAGAGGAGAAGAUCAGAUUUGGAAUAGAGAGCGUUUACAUCGACGGCUGGACGAGGAGAAGAAUCUAUGACGCCUUCAAAGAGAUCCUCGAGUCUGGAGUCAGACAUCAUCUACAGUUUAACUCACUACUGAGGGACAUCUUUGGAUUAGGUGCACCUCUCAUUUUGGACGCUUCCGUUAAAGGCAACAAGAUUUCUCGAUUUGAGAAGCAUCUUUUCAACUCUGCCGCCUUCAAAGCCAGGACUAAACAGAGGAACAAAGUCAGGGACAAACGUGCUGACGUCAUGUGAGGGGACAAGGAUGGAGUAAAUAGAUUAGUAAUCCAGGAUCUUCAUCUUCUGAGACGGAUACAAAAAUGAUGCCUUCAACACUUUAGCUGCCAGACACACAACACUGAAUAAAUUCUUAACAGGGCCUUUUCACUUGUGCUGUUCACGGGAUACUUCAUUGUCGAUAUUGAGGAUCCACCAGUUAUUGAUAGUUCACGUGUAAUAACAUUAAAACCUUCUUAUGUAAUAUAAUCACGCAGGAUAUAACAAAGGUCAUUUCUAUCUCGCUGUUAGAAAUUCAAAGUGAAGUAUUAAGUCUCAUUGUCUGAGACGCUUUUAAGGUCAUCAUAACUGUGGAUGCCUUUUCCUGGAUAACGGGUCCUGGUGUAUCUUCUCCAUUGUGAUUUUCAGAAUCAGAUUGUGCAACAGAAAGUAGGAAGAAAAACACUUGCAGCAAAGCUUUAUUCUCUACUUUCUUCUCUACUGGGCUUUAAUUAUUCUUUGUGUUCCUUCCGUUCGUCUUUACAGCCGCUGCUUCCGCUGCCAAAACUGAAACUGAAUUUACAAAAAAUGCAAGCUUAAAAAUGUGUGGCGUUUGUGUGAGUGUGUUUUAUCAGCAUUUUAUUUAACGCCAUCAAAUAAACACAAAAAGAAAAUGCCUAAAUAUAUAAAGGAAAUAUAAUAGUUAAUCAUAUUCAUAUUUUUAAGAGGAAACACACUUGAACUGUUUCUAGCAUACAUGUGAUUUACCUAAUUUAUUCAAAAGUACUGUGAUUUCUUUUUGUUGAAAGAAAUUGAAAUUGAAAUGCUAGAAGCAGUUUGAAUGAACAAUUAUUAAAUGAAGACCAGUAUAUCUAUUUUUUUUCCUCACAUUUUUAAUGCAGGUUGGUGGGUUUACAGUAUAUGUGUAUGUAUAGGGAUUUAUGGAAAGACUUGAAUUGUUAGAUGCAUCUGAAUGAUUUUGCCAUGCACAGUGAAUUAAAGCAGGUCACUAACCAGAGCAGCUGGUUAGUAUCUUACCCUUGUGUGAUGCUCUCUGGGGCAGCACUUUUUCACAUGUUGUCUGAAAUCACAUCUGGAAGAUUCCCCAGCUUUUUUAAAUUUGCUGCUGUUUACCAGGUCUGACUCCCUGGAAGAUAGGGAGGUCUCUGUUACAGCUCUAACAAACUGUGUCAUCAAUAGUUCUGGUGAGAGGUAGAACGUGGAUUCAAUGAAAUAAAGACUAUUCGAGAA